AUGAUAACGUGUGCUGUCGCGAAUUGGUUAAAGGAGGCAGAUGAAAUGGAUGGUUCCCAUCAACGACGGGAUAUUGCGCGAAGGCUGAGGGAGAAGUUGAAGGACAUGAAAGGACAAUGUAUCGUCCAACACCCGUCCUUCCAUAAAGUCGUUUUGGAUUCAGAGAUCGUUUGUUGCUGGGCCUACGGUCAUCUUGGCCUGGGUAAGCGGUAUGAGCUUCCAGCGUGUGUGAGAGCAGCUAUAAUGGCUGAGUACCCUUCCAACACAGGAAAUUACGUUGGGUUCAAGCGAACGAGUGACAAGGAUCCGCCAUUGGAAUGCGAGUAG